UCGCAGUGUCCUCCUGCCUGUUCUCUAAAGUUUUCUGUGAGAUGCCUUUCCCCUCCUCCUCUGUGUAAAGUUUUCUGUGAGAUGGAAGAUCAGCUGGGCCACAGCACACAGCAAAUAAUGUGUGCAGCAGCAGCAGCUACGUCAGUGUUUACGUGGUGUAUGUCACAAUUUUCUAUGAUCUCACAGAAAUCUUUAGGCUGUAUCUCAGGGACACGCUUGAGGUAACUGGCUCUUUAAAGGGGCCGUACAGGAGUAAACCAGCCCUGCUCUUCCCAUCCUCCGCCUUCGGUGACCUCACUAAUAGCUCAGCCUGCAGCUCCGAUGAGAAGGGGAAAGGAGGGGACACAGAGUUCCUAGAGCCCGGCAGAAGGGGCACAGAGAAGGCGCCGGGUGUCUCCUCAGCAGUGGCCGCUCCUCCUUGUAGAAUCCCAUCCACCUUGGUCUUUGUGUUCCUGUGGACAUUGGCCUGAGGCCGCUCUUCCUUACUCCAACAACAUGGCCAGCAGCGGAGGCAGCAAUAGUACCAUUACUAGUGCCCCGACCGGGCGUAUCCUGGGGGCCCGCAGUGCCAACCCCCGAAAGGCCCGCAUUCAGGGCUUUAUUGAUGCCAUUCAGGACGCGGUGGGACCCCCGAAGCAGGCGGCAGCCGACAGGCGGACAGUGGAGAAGACCUGGAAACUGAUGGACAAAGUGGUAAGAUUAUGCCAAAGUCCAAAGCUUCAGCUGAAGAACAGCCCUCCUUAUAUACUUGAUAUUUUACCUGACACAUAUCAACAUUUGAGACUUAUUUUGAGCAAGUACGAUGACAACCAGAAACUUAUGCAGCUGAGUGAAAAUGAAUAUUUUAAAAUCUACAUUGACAGCCUGAUGAAAAAAUCCAAGCGAGCCAUUAGACUCUUCAAGGAAGGGAAGGAGAGAAUGUACGAAGAACAAUCACAGGAGAGGAGGAACCUUACAAAGCUGUCCUUAAUAUUUAGCCAUAUGUUGGCAGAAAUAAAGGCAAUAUUCCCUAAUGGACAGUUUCAAGGAGAUACCUUCCGGAUCACCAAAGCAGAUGCUGCAGAGUUCUGGAGAAAGUUUUUUGGAGAGAAAACCAUUGUGCCCUGGAAAGUGUUUAGACAGUGCCUUCAUGAAGUUCAUCAAAUCACAUCUGGCUUAGAAGCAAUGGCUCUUAAGUCCACCAUUGACUUGACUUGCAAUGAUUACAUAUCAGUAUUUGAGUUUGAUAUUUUUACAAGACUAUUUCAGCCCUGGGGCUCCAUACUAAGGAACUGGAACUUUUUAGCAGUGACUCAUCCUGGCUAUAUGGCUUUUCUAACCUACGAUGAAGUCAAGGCACGCUUACAGAAGUACAGUACUAAGCCAGGAAGUUAUAUUUUUAGAUUAAGUUGCACAAGACUAGGACAGUGGGCUAUUGGCUAUGUGACUAGUGAUGGGAAUAUCCUACAGACAAUACCUCAUAACAAACCUCUGUUUCAAGCCCUGAUCGAUGGCAGUCGAGAAGGAUUUUACCUAUUUCCUGAUGGACGAAGCUACAAUCCAGACUUGACAGGUCUAUGUGAGCCCACUCCACAUGAUCACAUCAAAGUUACCCAGGAACAAUAUGAAUUGUACUGUGAAAUGGGCUCAACAUUUCAGUUAUGUAAAAUAUGUGCAGAAAAUGACAAAGAUGUGAAGAUUGAGCCGUGUGGACAUUUGAUGUGCACUUCAUGUCUCACGUCUUGGCAGGAAUCUGAUGGACAGGGAUGUCCUUUCUGUCGUUGUGAAAUCAAGGGUACAGAACCAAUUAUAGUUGAUCCUUUUGAUCCAAGAGAUGAGAACAGGAAUAGUAGUAAUUUCGAUAGUUUAUGUACACACAUGCUGGAUUUUGAUGAAGAUGAUGAGCGGGAAGAAUGCCUGAUAAUGAGCCGGCUUGCCUGUGUGAAAAAGAUGAGUGAAAGACAGAAUUCACCGGUGACCUCUCCAGGUUCUUCUCCCCUUUCCCAAAGAAAAAAAACUCCCCCUGAUCCGCUACAAAUCCCUCACCUGAACUUACCACCAGUUCCUCCUCGACUGGAUCUUAUUCAUAAAGGAGUAGCUCGCUCCCCUUGUGUGAGUCCUACUGGGUCACCAAAGUCAUCACCUUGUAUGGUCCGAAAACAAGAUAAACCCCUUCCUGCACCACCGCCUCCUUUAAGGGAACCCCCGCCCCCACCAGAGAGACCACCUCCGAUACCACCUGACAUUCGAAUGUGUAGACACGUACAUCAUAUGGAAAAUGUGCCUUGUAGAGACCAGCCAAUGCCUCUCGAAGCCUGGUGUCCAAGAGACAUUACCGGUGCUAGUCACUUGUCGGCUACAUGUCGGUUAACACUUGAUAGCUCUCCUAAACUUGGAAAAACUGCUAACUCUGUUAUAAAUGGGAGGCAUGUCAGACACUUGAGUUCAGAGGCAAGAUUCAUGCACAAACAACAUAAGCAUCAUGAUCUACCUUCAGAAAAUGUUAGGGUUUUAUCGAAUGUUCUAAUGGAGGAGUAUGAUGUGCCUCCCCGACUUUCUCCACCUCUACCAUCCAUUUCUAUUCACUCUACAAUAAAAGAUGAAUGUAAGGACUCUCGUGCAUGCGAAAUCCUCUCUCCAUGUUGCCGUCAUGUCAGGUGUCCUUUAUCAUUACAUUCCCUGUCAGAUAAAGUAAGGCAUUCUAUAGAAGAUGAUGAUUGUGAAUACAAAAUACCAUCCUCACACCCUGUAUCCUCAAGACCAUUGCCUCUCCAUUGUCAUAGUGUAAAACCCUUUUCUAGGUUGUGUGAGAAUGGCCAGUGUAUGACGAAUGGCACGCACAAUGACACAUCUGAAAUGAAAAAACUAAAGACCCCCGAUCUUUGUGAUAAUUCAUUUGACAGUUCCCCUCCUUCACAACCCCCACCACCACCCCCAGCACGUUCCUGCCUCACAGAAAAUUCCAAGUCCAAUGCGUCAGGAAGCAGACCGAACUCUGCCUCGGACUUGUUUCUUCUUCCUAUGGAAGCACCUUUACCACCCACACGCAGAGCAACAAAUGAUGUCAAGCUAAAUCGACUUUCCCAAGAAUAUGAUCAGCUGCCAUCAUGCUCAGAUUGUCCACAAGUACCAGCCAGACCACCAAAACCACUUCCCCGCAGAACUGCACCUGAGAUUCACCACAGGAGACCAUACAGCGCUGAUUGUUCAACAGAGAAUGUAGACGCAAAAAUAGCAAAACUUAUGGGCGAGGGCUACUCAUUUGAAGAAGUUAAGAGGGCCUUGGAAAUCGCUCAGAAUAAUGUAGAUGUGGCUCGCAGCAUACUUAGAGAAUUUGCGUGCUGCCCUCCUCCGGUCUGCCCACGAUUAAAUCUAUAAAAAAGACACAGAUUUUAAGACUUCACUAUUGGAGCAAAGCGAAAUAAUGGAUUUCAUUUGUCACCUUAAUUUAAAAAUGGCAUUCCAGCAAUUUUUUUCCCCCUUUAAAACAUAUGGUAAUGCUUACAGGCCCAAGUCCAAAGUCGCUUGGUUAUAUGUAAAAAUGGGGGGGGGGGGG